CAAAAAGUAAUUUUUGCUUGUCUGACUGUAGCUGGUGUUCAGAUGUGCCUUGCCUGUCUCUAUUCUAUAGCCUGUGCUCAGGUGUCAAUGUCAGCUCUGGAUUCUCUAGUAGCAAUGGGACCUUAAUUGGCAUUACAUGUAUGCCUAUAGUCUGCUAGCAGAAGGACACUUGGGAUAUGUCUUUGCAGAGGUAGCAGCUCUGGUAUACACUGUCACUUCAGUGACAAUAAUUAACCACUCUUGUUGGGACCAAUUAUCGUAGGUCUACCUCCACAAGAGGUGGCUAUACUGCUUCUGGUUGUCAAGCUGGCCUACCUCCCACUAGCAUGUGGCCUUCAGGUUUGUGCCUGGCCUCAGAAGACUCCAGUUGCCAAACUACCUGGCUUCACAUGCAUCAGCUGCCAGACUUAUAGCUAGACCAACUGCCUCACAGAUCUCUAGCUAAUGUAAAGAAACUCCUAGUUUUAAGCCUCCCUUUAACCUUUCUACUUUUAUUUAUUACCAGAGGGCAUUUGGAGUAGCUCUAAUAUAAGGAUGUCAGUGUAAAUUGAGGAAAUCAAGCUCUUCAGGGAAAUGUGUUUUGCCUAGCUCUAUGCAGCAAUAGUGUCCUAAAUUUUAAAAUGACUGAGGCCUUAGCAGCUGCCAUUAAAGACACUGAGCACUGGCAUUUCUGUAAAGAAUAAUGUGAGGAUAACAGUGAUAUUACUUAGGACAGUGGCUGUACUAGUAAAGUAGGAAUGAAGUAUGCUCACUUUCCAUCUUUGACUACUAGGAUGUCACCCUUUCUUUUGUAUUUCCAGUCAUUUGUUUGUUUGUUUGUUUGUUUUUUUCCUUGCAGUGGCAUUUAGGAAUGCAUAAAAUGGCAUUCUACUAAAAUAUUUUAUACAAACUUUUUUUUUUUUUUUUUGAGGUGUGUUGUUUCUCCCUUUUUCCAUCUGCUGUACUGAGAGAAUGUGUCUCACAUGGUGCUAAGGUUCCAGUCUUGUUAUCCCAAUGAUUGAUACUUGCCUAGAGAUACUGGGCUGAGAGGAAUGAGGCUAUGGGGAACGGACAGCAUGUAUGCUACUGGCGGACUCCUUCCUCUUAAGUCCUCCUUUGCAAAAUAAAAAAAGGAACUUAACUGGAUUACAAUAAUCUUCUGAAGUGCCAGGAAGAAGGGAAGAAAACUAGUUGAGUGUUUGGUUGGUUUUUGUUUGUUUGUGCAAAGAAUCUUUAGAUAGAUGGACCUUGGUCUUCUGUAUGUAGGGUUUCUGUCACAGCAAAGAAACGAGUAUCAGAGCAGAAGCUAGUUAGGAUGUUUAAUUUGAUUUUUUUAAGAUGGCAUAUAGCCUUUUUAUGUUAAAACAUGAAGUUCCAUCAUACAAGUUCUAACUUUUUGUCAGACUUAACAGAACCUUAACAGUUUGUUCUCUUUCUACUCUUUUGCCUUCCUCAUCCGCUUUUGACUUUUAAAAAAGUGGAACAGUAUCAUUUUUUUUAUAUUGGGAUGGUGUUGGCAGGACUGUGCUUCUGUACAGAGAAAAUGUACAAGGGUCACAUCUCAUGGCUAUCUCAAACAUCAAUUCCUGAUUGGAAAGCACUUUAAAUAUAUGCGAUAUAGAUAUGAAACAUAACUUCUGCUAAAAUCAGAGUGAUGAGCAGAGAUACUUCUCAACCUGCUAAUAAUGACCAUCACUAUAAAGUACAGGGAUAACAGAUUGUAGGUAAAUGAUACAAGAUAGCUCAUUUCUGAACAGUAAUGGAAGAGAAGAGCUAUCUAUUAUUUGCUAUUUUUUUUCUUCUCUCCCCUUGGUUAUUCAGCACUUGAAAAAAACUGCUUUGAGAAUAAUAAUGCUUUUUGGUGUCAAACAGCUCAGGAAUCUAAAAAAUGUCAGAGGUGAGGAGACAAAAGAGGAAAGGUCUGUUUCAGACACUAUUCAAAGUGUUUAUUUUAUUACUGAAUUUCUUUAAGAUUGAACAAGCUGACUUCUAAGACACAUUGACUAGUGCUUUUGGAAAGAAAAAGUCUUUGUCUUGCUAAAUUAUGUUUGUUGCAUUGGGACUAUUCAACAAAGAAGAAUGGUGAAGAGCUGGAAUUGUGUUAGAAAACAACCUCUAAGGCCAGCUUUCUGGGAUUGCUUUGAACUCUACCUCAUCAUUUUCUGCAUCCAAUCUCCUUUGUAUUUAUGUAAGGAGGAUAAGAAACAACAUGAGUCUUGCCUUUAGGAUUUUUAAAAACCUUGCAACUUUCCCGAUUGCAACAGUGGAUUUUCAAGCUCUAAAGCAAUUGUGAAAAUUAAAAUCCUGUGUUUCUGUGGGCUAUGCAUGCUGCCCUUUGAAAUGUUCUUAAUAGGAGCCUGCUUCCACUGUCAGAAAGUGGAAGGAAGUUUCAGGAGCUCUGGGCUUCCACUGCCCCCCACAGUGAUCUGUGGCUGAUGGACACUGCAGGCUGUGGGUGCAGACUUGUGAACAGACUCAGGUCUCCCUCCCUUCUGAGGCAGGACCUCACCCAAAACAACUUGAAGCCUUUAAGAAAUUCCCAAAAGGCUUUCUUCAGAUCCAUUUACCGCUCAAAUGAGAAACACAGAAACCAGUGACAUGUGCAGCAGGGGAGACAAAGAGCUGGUCAUUUUAAGAUGUACCUACCAAGUACACAACACAGCCCUUAGGCCCCCAAAACAUCAUAGGCACAUCUGCUCGCAUGAAACACGGUCUAGCAAAUUCAAGGGGGGAAAUGUAAUGAGUCAGAGAAAGAAGAUGAGGUUGGUUCCAUAGCUUUUCUAAUGACCCAGUCAAGACUUCCCCAGCCACAAGGCCAAGUUUGGAAGUUUUUUCCCCCUCUUUGUUCACCCUUCUGCCCAGCUACUACAUUCUGCCCCUGCAUUUGUGAGGCCAGAUUUCCAGAGAUGUUGUAAACUGAUCUGCCACUGUUAUUCCAACAGGAGGAGAUAGUCCCUGAAUUGGGUGCCAAACAUAAAGAGAAGCCCACUAGCAGAUGCAAAGAGAGAAGAGACGGUGGGCAGACUUACGAGGUGGAAACCCAAACUGGGGAGGGCUACACCGUGUGUGCAGCUUGUCAGGUGGGCUUCCAGCACUGAGGUAAGUACGGAUUUUUUGGUGGCUAACCUGGGGGGCGGGAUUCAGGGCGGAUGCCGGGGCGAAGGACGAGGGGCUGGGAUCGGGCCGAUGGUGUGGAUACGGGCAUGUGGGUGCUGGCUGUGGUGGGACAGCGCCCGGCUGGGAGGGGAGAGGCAGGCGGAGGAGCAUCCCUGCAUUCCCAGGGUGGCUGUCUGUGCUCCCCGCUUUCUCCCUGCCUCCUCUCCAUUAGUUUUCUAUAGGUGGCAGAAAGAUCACGCUGUCAUUAAAAGUAUAUCCCAUCUCCCUUUGUGAUGGAGAGAGAAGGGCGGGGGCCAGACACGCCGAUGCGGGCUGUGCGCUGCUGCUGCCACCCCCACGAAGCCAGCUCUUGCCUGCGGUGCUUCUAUGGGUGCCGCCGUGCCCGGUGGGGGCUGCUUUCCACGCUGACCCACCCACCGCCACGGCAGCUGCUCGCCCGGCAGCUGCCCAGCCGCCCGCCCAGCUGCCUUAGGAGCUGCCUGCCACCCUCGCUGUGAUGCAGGAGCCAGGCAAUGGGGAUGCUCAGGGUGAGUCGUUUGUCGUAUGCCUUUGUUCGAGCUGGAGUUGCAGUGAGGGAUGUGUUUCGAUCAGCACAUUUACUUGUUUGUUGUUUCUUCCACUUGCCUUUAAGCAGUCUCAGCCCGUGCUUAGAGAUGCUGAGAUCUCAGUGACUGGGGACUGCUGAGGAAAGAGAAGUAUUGCUUAGCUAUCCAGGCAUACAUCGGGAUUCACUUGCGAGUUUGCAAACUGCAAGUUGAAUCCUAUAAAGCAAACAGCUCCUGACAGUGCUUCCUGUGACCUCCCACAGUCAGGGUUACCAUGGGGUUUUCCCUGCUCUGUGUCUAAUAUGUGUUCUCUUCUUGAAGUUGAGGUGGUGAGAAGGUGGCCCCAUUAGGUGCUGCUGAAAAGGCAGCCCUGGUGGGAUCAGCGCUGGUGGCCUGCACUUUCCAUAGGUAUCUCCCAAAGAUGGGCAACGUGGUGUGGCCCUCUGGGCCUGUGCCAGGUAGAGCUGUCAGGCUCUAGGUCCAGCACUGGAAUGCAAGGCCAAGACACAUGCAGACAUCCUAAGUACAAGACCGAGCAAUGGCUACCUUUGCUCAGCUGGGAAAAAGCAAGAAACAAAAAUGCCAGUGCAACUGUGAGGCUGCUGUGCUUUCCAGUUUUUUCAGGUUUUGCUUGACGAUAUUAAUAUUGUUCAGCAGGAAGGUGGUGUGAGUUUCCAUGGAGAACGGGCAGGAAACAUGCUAUCUCUGCAGUUCUGGCAGGCAGGACCCAAAUGUAUCUUGUACUGGCUGAUGUGCCUGCAGCAGCAUGCUCCAUAAUAUGGAUGCAGAGCCACCUCUGUGCAGGCCUUGUUAUUGCCUCCAGGGCAGGGCCACUGACCAUGUCCAUUUUGUCAUGUAUUGGAUAUGCAGGUCCAAAUCUGCAAAACAUACUGUACCCUCCAAUGGGAGAGCAUGGUGUUGCCUUGAACCCAGUGAGGCAUGCAGCAUGCUAGAGGCAAACAUGAUGUAAGUAACCCGUGUGGCAUGGGUGAAUUACCAGGGGCAUACUGCUGGGACUUCUGUCCACUCCAUGCAUGGACACAGAGCAACAUGGUGCACCCUGCAGCACCCAGGACAGCCAGUGGGGCUGCCUUGGGGGCUGGAGAUCCUGUCCACGGGGGAACAGCCCAGGCAUCACACUUGUCUUUUGGAAAAUAAACCACGUGUAGUUCAAAAUCCAGUAGUGCUUUUUGCACUGGCACAUCCGUUUAAUUUCGCUGUUUUUCCCGAUUCUGCCACGAGUGUGCUUGGAGCCCUUUCUGGAGACGAGUGAGCGGGUGGUGUGAACCCUCUGGCUGCUAUGAAAAUGCCGCAGAUACCGUUUGUGCCGGGAUGGGUCCCUUUAAGAGGAGGUUUCACCUCUGCCUGGCAGAGACCGCCGCGCCGCGCCGCUCCGGCCGCCGCUCCACCCGCCCCGGCCCCGCCGCCGCUCCACCCGCCCCGGCCCCGCCGCCGCUCCCGUUCGGCCCCGCGCGCGCUGCCCGCAACCCCUGGUGGCGACGCGUGGCACUGCGGCCCCUUCUGCCACGUGUGUGCUGGCACAACCAAUCACCGCCGGGGGGUGCGCUGGAGGCCGCCCGAGAGCGCGGCCACGAUUGGCUGCGUGCGUCCGAGGGACGUGCGCAAAGCGGCCGGUGGGGCGGGGCCGGUGGGGCGGGGCCGGUGGGGCGGGGCCGGUGGGGCGGGGCCGGUGGGGCGGGGCCGGUGGGGCGGGUUCAUUUGCACAACGCGCCGCGGGCGGACGUCCCGGCCUGAGGGGGCGGGGACCUGGGGACGCCCUUCCCGCUCGAGUGACUGCCAUCUCCGAACACCUUGUCAAAUCCAGAAGUGCGCCACUGAUUUUGUAUCCUUAACUUCACGUCUAAACUCUGCUCUUGAGGGCUUUGAUUUGGAGUUCUGCAAGGCCCUGCGAGCGUACUCGGCUUGUGCCUAUCGCAAUUCCAAGGUAUGCCGUGGAAACCUAGUCUACCAUUCAGCAGUGCUUGGGAUCAGCGACCUCAUGAACCAGAGAAACUGUUCCAAAGAUGGACCCACAUCUUCCACCAACCCUGAAGUGACCCAUGAUCCCUGCAAUUACAGUGACCACACAGAAGCCAGAGAACAUCAGAGAGGAGAGAAGACUCCUCCUACUACUUAUUUAUUUUGUGGCUUCUUUGGUGAUCCUCAUCUGAGGACUUUUAAGGAUCACUUCCAGACAUGCAGAGUGGAAGGUGCUUGGCCCCUCAUAGACAACAACUAUUUAUCAGUGCAAGUGACCAAUGUGCCUGUGGUCCCAGGAUCCAGCGCUACUGCUACAAAAAAGGCUGUCAUUUGUGUGUCCCAUGCUUCCAUUACCAUACAAGUUUUUUUUACAGAAAGCAGAACAGUUCCAGCAGGUGAGAAUGCCAAAUCCUUUAAAUACCCUACAGCCAAAUUAUUAACGUAUUUGACUAGAACGUAAGAGAUCUGUGUUGGACUCUCCACUCCAAAUUAUGUGAAGGAGAUGUUUAAAUAAAGGUUUCCUGCCUUCUUAGGCUACUGUAAUAAUCAUUAUCCUACAGGGUUUAUCAGCUUUUAUCUGGCAUUGAUGGAUGAAAGUGCAAGGUGCCUUGUAGCUGAGAACUCUGGUAGAGGCAGGCCCUACCUCUGAGCUGGAGUUGCCAAGUCAAGUCCUAUGAGAAUUUUACCCCAGUAGUUCUUACUGGAUAGCUAAAGGCUACAAGCCCCUGCAGUAGAUCCUGACAGGUCUUACUUGCUCAAAGGUAUCUCACUCUCAAAAAGUCUGACUAGAUGGCAGUGCAGCCCAAAUGCAUGCAUGGUAUGCUUCUUAGCACCACAGUGCCUGAACAAGCAGUCCAGUGUAUGACUUAAGUGAUUUUAAAAGUUAGCUCACUCCUGAAAUCAUUGCUGAUGCCUGUAACAUCCUCAAUACAAAUAUGUCCAUAUCUAGUUAUAUCUGAUUAAAUCAUUUAACUUGGCCACUCUUUUCUAAGAACGCCAGGUGCCUGAUCAAGCAGCUGUCCUUUCUCAGAACAAAUAGCUUUUUUGCACCACUCUGCUUGGAAGUAUAUGAGACCUGCCUUCAAAGACUGCUCGGAAUUGAAACUCAUACUUUCUAUAGGUGGGGAAGUGUCUCCUGCCAAAGGAAUGAUGUUUUCUCUAACCUGUCUCUCUUAUAGAUAGACCAAGAGUGGCAAACCCUCUUGGUGGCUAGGGCAAGUUAAAAAGUAAUGUACAUCACUGUCUGUGGUGCCAUCUCUAAUCCCUUUGUCCUGGCCUUGAUGCCAUGCCAGGGGUUUGGUAUGACCUGCUUUCAUCUAGUCCUUUGUUUUUCAGGUGCUGCCAAUCAUCUCUUCCUGGUUUGCUUAAAACGUGAUGAACUAAUUAUCUGUAAAAUAAGUAAUUUGAUAAUAAGCUAUGAGAGAAAGGUGAUAACAGAAUACACUUCUUGAAAAAUGUGAUUUGGUUUGUGCUUUUAAAAUUAUUUUUAUUUAUUAAUUUUAUAACACUUCAGCAAUUUUAAAUCCUUUUAAAAAGCCCUGGUAAUUAUACUGUGGCUUACAGAAGUAGCAUUUGUGAUUCUUUGGAAUGCCACCAUUUUAGAAUACAUAUAUAUAUAUAUAUAUGUAUUUUUAAUGUGCACAUUAAAAAGUCAGGAGGCUCACCUCUUCUUGCAAAUGAUAUGGCCUUUAUGUAUGCUAAAGAGAUCAAUAAAUAGUCUCAUUGAGAAAUCAGAUACAGAUAUUCCUCUAUAAUAAAAUAAUUGGUGAAAAAUAAUUUCAGAUGUAACUAUGUCUAUGGCAAUCACAGUCGUCUGCCCUCUUGCAACUAGUUGAAGCUCCUCAGUCAAAAAAUACCAAGUAUUUCAGUGAUAACUGAGUCCUUGAAAGUUUUCCAUAAGUAGACAUGCAUAUUCACUGACAUAAAUGCUAACUUUGUCAGCAGAUCUUCAGCUAACCUUUGUAAGACUGUGGAUUACUUUUUGUCUUUUUCUAACUACAUUAUUUUUUGUUGUCGACCUGUUCAGAAAACCUAGUAAUUCUGAUAUGGCUCUUUGACUGAAACAGAGGAUCCUUACAAAUGGAAAUGCUUUCUGCUUCCGGCUUCAGACUCUGGUAAAAAGUCUAACUUCACAAUUAUGAAAAAAAUGCCAAAUAGAACUUUUUUCAAAAAGGUUUUAUGAUAUUGUUCCUUCAUUGUCUGAAGUGGAAUCUCUCGUUCUGCACAUAUCAGAGGAUUUUGCUUUUGCUUAGUUCUUCACUGUCUCAGAGCAAACAGCUGCCAUCAGCUGCAGUGCGUUGCAUGAUCUUCCUCAACACUUGUUGCUAUUCAGUUUCCACAGGAAAGAUCCAUUUCAUUCAGUCAGAGAUGUGAACUGAAGCAUGACAAGAGGGAGGGGGAAAUAAGGAUGUUCACUUCCAAAGUUAAAACCUUAUCAGUUCUUUCAAUAUUAAGAAAAGAUCCCAGUAGUACUAACAAUUAUCCUUGAAAUAAAAAUGUAAUAUCUCUCUGAGUAAAAAAUGAAACCCAAAACCUGCAACCCAGCAAUCUAAAAGCAGUUCAUUUGUAAGUGAAUGAGGUAGUCUAAUGACAAAAAGAAAAAAAAAAAAAAAAAAGCCCAGUUUCAGUUUUGCUCAGGGGAUAUUUUUACUGGAUAUUUAAACUACCAGUAGUUAAGUGACCACUGGUGGGGUAAUUGCCUUAAACAUAGAGCUGCUAACUGCACUUUGAUUAUGGGCAAUAAAGAUUACCUGAUAGUAAUCAGUGAAACUUCUCCAGUUAACAAUUUAAGAGUUUGUUGUUUGUUUCUUUUUAUUUUGCUAAAGUGUGCCUGUGGCUCAGUAUGUAUGUAGUCUGCUUCAUUUUUAUUUUUUUAAUUUUUUAUUUUUUAGUCUCAGGAUAUUAUUUUCUAAUGUGCCAAAGUGACUUUAUUUGGUGGUAUAGACCAUCUAAGACAAUUAGGCAUUUCUCCACCUUGAAUGAAGCACAUAUCCGCUGCCAGUCCUUUUCACCUCUGUUCUUUGUGCACAGAAUAAGCAUUGAGUCUAACCUACUCAUAAAGGGUGGAUACAGUUCUUCCAUUUGUAAUUUAUUUCGUCCUUACACAUAACAUUGAAUAUAGGAAUAAGAGUAUUGUAUAUCAGCUUUGGCUGGCGCACUGCAUCCCUGAAUCUCGAGGAAACUCUUUCCCCUGCCUGUGCCCUCCAAAGCUUUGUUUCAAGCUCAUAGCACUUGCCAUUAACUGCAUUUUUCCAUAAAGGAUCAAAACACUUCUCAUAACUUCCUUACAUUGAGUGCCCUGUGCUAGCAAGGAAGAAGCAGUGGAGGUGAAGUUACUAAUUCAUCUCUAGGUUUUCAGCAGUGUCCUCCCACUCUGACACCCACAAAUCUAGUUCAAGCAAGCAGGUAUGCAGCCCACAAGGAAAAGCUGUUUUUCAUUGUGUAAUUAACAGAGAUUUGUGUUCUCAUUUUCCUAUACUUAGAGAUUUUUCUACCUUGACUGAAGAAAUUCGUAGCGUAGCCUUCUACACAUAGAUAAUACCUAUCACAGUUCUGGGAUUAUGUCAGGAAAAGUCUUGCCAAAGAGAUCUGGCAAUCUAGGGGCAAAUGAAAAUGUCUACAAAAUUGAACCCUGAGGGAAGACAUGUAUAGAAGUGUGUAUCCUCUUGGAUGUAGGCAGAAGGUAGCACUGAGCUGCUCAGACCUUUGAUGCCAGGAGGUAGUGUGGGCAUGUGAUCAGAAGCAGAAAUUUAGAAAGGAAGUAAAUUUUAAUAUAGGAAAUUGAGGUCCUUCAGGUACUACUGGAUUAGGCAACAGGUGUAUGCAGGCUCUGAGGACUGCAGUAUUGAAUCUAGAUGUCUGAUUUAUUCAGUGGUUAAAAGCUUUAAUCCCUGUAAAUUAACAAGUUCCCAUUUUUGCAGAUGAUCCAAACCCAUGAGACCUGAUGUGCUGUAUCCCAGGAUCCUGUGGGAUCUGGCAGAGGUAGUUUGCUAAGCUGCUCUCUGUUGUAUUUGAAAAGUCAUGGCAGUCAUGUAACAUCCCUAGAUGAAUGCAUGUAGAGAGGCACCCAGUCAUGAUGAUUUUACAGAGAGGUUGUGAGAGCUUUCACAAGCAUGCAGUCCUCUUUUCACAUCCUUAUUUGUGUGCCUAUACUUGGGGUGGGCCCCCUUCCACCCCAUUUUGCUGGCUUUGAGAUCUCUCCAGUCCACAUCACCCUGUGCCCUUUGCUUGUUAGUCCAGGCCACAACUUCCUCUCUUGAUUGUGGAUCAAAGUCUCCCUCCCUUGCUGUUUCUAGUUUAAAGCUCUUCUCACCAGUUUGACCAGACUUGACAAACCCGACAAGAUGUUUGGUCACAGUCAGGUGAGACCAGUUAGCAGUCUGUGAUCCUCAGAAUGGCCUGGCGAUCAUAAAAGCUGAAAUCCUGUAAUUGAUAUGAGCUGUAAAAGUGGUUGUUGACCUGCAGGAUCUAUCCACUUCUCCUUAAGUUCUGCAGGUGGGGCAGAAUACCCUUCCAGGACUCAGCCACCAGUUUCCAGUCUUUGUCCUCUUGGGAGUUUUCAUUUCUCAUACAUGUAUGCACAGACUGCCUGUUUCCUCAGGCAGAGCAGGGACUCAGGAUUUUUAAGCUAUAGCAUCUCAGAGAAACUGACAUAUUCCUUAUUGCUGUUGGGAGACACGAUUAAGCAAGGUCAGGCAGAGGUUAGCAAUGGUGAGAAGCACUGCCCUAGACUUUAAGAUCCGUGGACUGCUGGAAAAAUUUUUGUUUGCCCUUUGUCUGCUUCGCUCUUUUUCAAGAACCCUAAGUGUUGCACAGUGCUAUCAUGCUGCUAUCCAAAUCCGUAACGAAAGGUUCACUUUCUUUAUCCCUCAGAUGAGACAUUGAUUUUAAACAUCUUCUCUUAGAUUCUGUGAUGCUUUGCUUCCCUGUUUAGUUUUAACAUUAUGUUCAACCCAGUCACCAAUCUCUACAACAGAAGGGAAGAGAGAGCCAAGGGAAGGUUGCAGCUGUUCCACAUUUUCUCUCUCAGAGAUACAGGCAGGACUCUGUCUCGCUCAUGAUCUUGAUGAGCACUUCUCUUCAAAAAAAUUCAAGAAGAAGCAAUUUCGUCUGCGAGUUCCUACCAUAGAGCAAUUACCAUAAAAUUACCAUAAAAUGUUGAAGGAACUUCUAAAACCAGGGUGAAGGUUUCAGAAGCAAGCAUUCCAUUUAAUGACAGACAGGCGUCACUCAGGCAUCUCAGGGGAUAGCUCCACCUAGUGAGGGCCCUGAACAAUUCCCAGACACAGGUUAUAUUCUCCCAGAUGGUACAUAUUCUUUACAUUUCCAGGAAAUCCUUUGCAUAUGCAUUACAUUUGUUAUUUGGCUUGUAACUUGCUUGCGCUGGUGUCACCACCUGAUCUUCUGAGAGCAAGCACAUUGUCUCCUACCCUUCUGCUUAUCUUAACAGAUACUUUUCUGGUGACUUAAAGCCUAAUAAGUGCCUAAAACCUAACAUCUGUGGACCUUAUUAACUUAUUUUAUUACUAAUUGCUGAUUUUAGAUAUCAAGAGAAACAGGACAACAUCUGUACCCAGUUAAUUUCCUACAUUUGUGAACUAUUGUGUAACUCUGAACGUGCCUCCCUCACUAUGCGUGCUUUCAGCUUCUUCAUUUUGUUUCUCAUAUCUGCUGAGUAUUUUGUUUUUAGGAGCCAAUGAAAAGACCUGGUUUAGCGAUCAGAAUUCCCACAUGCUAUUUUUCAGACGAAUGAGCUUGUCUCCCAGGUUGCCCCAACAGGAACAUCUGCCACCAGCUGUGCUUGCCAACCUGCUGCAACUGGAGAUACCUGGUGGGCUCAGGAAUGACAUAGAAGAAAAAAUCCUAGGCCAAGAGAUCUGAGUCAAUACUGAUGGCUGAAAGAAGGUGCUAGGGAAUAAACAAACACUGAAUAAAUUGUAGUAUUUGGAACCACCAGGUGAGGUUAAAAUAAAAUACGUUAAAGAAUUUUAGUGUUCACACACAUUAGUACUAACUGGUUUGUGUUUUGUGUCCUCGUAUUAUGCUGGAAUAACACCAACUCAUCUCGUAAAACAUAUUUUAAAGUGUCUGCAGUACUAAGUGGAGUGCAUCACUGCACCUGAGAAGAAACAGUUUUUUAUUCUGCGAUCAUACACUGAAUAGUGACAAAAGAAAUACUGAAUUUGCUUCAUGUGCAUUCUGGAGUGUGCUCUCUUCAUGUACUCUCUGCAAUGGAUGAGGUUGGCUUCCCUAGAAAAAGUGUUUUGGGACUCUGAAAAUCACAUAAUGAGAAUUGCAUAGGGAGGUCUGAAUUAAGAUUCUGCAAGAAAACUUAGUUCUGGAAUCUCCUAACUUUUAAGUGAUUUGUUUUGCAACUGUGCGAAUGUCAAGUCUUUCCUACAUUUAUGGAAAAAAAAAUUGAAAAUACUAUAACCUAAAAAUAGUCUUGCCUCAAUUAUGAAUGUUUGCAGCGUAUCUAUUGAAACAGUCCAUCUGUUUAUUCUUUUUGGUAGUAUACUACAAACUCAUAUAUUAAGCCUUUAGGUUAUGAAUGGAAAAAAUUACUCACAACUAAGUACUUUGAGAAAAUGCUGUCCACAGAUGAUGCCAGCUACAUAGCCCAAAGGCUAUGUAAGUGAAUUUCACAUUAAUAAUGACAACAUCUUUUUUGUAAUUAUGGACACAUAGGUUGUGGUUCUAAUAAUAAGGUCUGUUUAAAGUUUUAUACUUGAAUGACAUGUUCUCCAUAUUAAUAAUUUUCCACCAAAUUACAAGAGUGAUCCUUAAGAACAGAUGGAAUAUUGAAAAAAUAGAAAUUUGGUGAUUUAUGACUACAUUGAUGCUAUAAGAUACAUCAUACAUCCUUGGUUUAAGUACUGUAACUUGAAAGAAUGGAAAUUCUUUAAACUUCACACAUUCUCCCAUUGUGUCUCUGUGAGAGAGCAACUAGGGUUGUUUUUCCCCACACAGUCAUGAUUAUGGAGUUUCUCUAGAAUUUUAAAACUGCAGAAGUGCAGUCUUCUGUGCUUGUCUUAGACUGCAUUCUUGAGCUUCACAAAGGUAACUGUUCAAAGAGAUAUACAUACUUGCAGACUGUAAUAACUGGGCAUACUGUGCCUUUCAGAUACUUCGUGUUCUAGUGUGCUAGCCAUAUUCUUGUCUAAGAGUAAAUAUUAUUCAUCUUAUAAUGCAUUCACUUAAUUAAAACAGAAUGGGGAAGGCUGCACUAUCACAGGUAACACACCAGAUAGAAUGGGAGUUUAUACUUUAAAAACUUGACCAGACUGUGCUGGAAUAUGGAGGACUUAGAGGAUGAUCUUUUAGCUCACAGACACAGAGUGCACUGUCAGCAAGUUUGCUGAUGACACUAAGCUGGGAGGAGUGGCUGACACGCCAGAAGGCUGUGCUGCCAUCCAGCGGGACCUGGACAGGCUGGAGAGUUGGGCGGGAAAAAUUUAAUGAAAUAUAACAGGGGAAAGUGUAGAGUCUUGCAUUUGGGCAGGAACAAUCCCAGGUUCCCGUAUAAGUUGGGGAAUGACCUAUUGGAGAGCAGUGUAGGGGAAAGGGACCUGGGGGUCCUGGUGGACAACAGGAUGAGCAUGAGCCAGCACUGUGCCCUUGUGGCCAGGAAGGCCAAUGGCAUCCUGGGGUGUAUUAGAAGGGGGGUGGUUAGCAGGUCGAGAGAGGUCCUCCUUCCCCUCUACUCUGCCCUGGUGAGACCACAUCUGGAAUAUUGUGUCCAGUUCUAGGUCCCCCAGUGCCAGAAGGACAGGGAACUGCUGGAGAGGGUCCAGUGUAGGGCAACAAAGAUGAUUAAGGGAGUUGAGCACCUCCCUUAUCAGGAAAGGCUGAGGGAGCUGGGUCUCUUUAGCUUGGAGGAGACUGGGGGGUGACCUCAUUAAUGUUUAUAAAUAUGUAAACGGUGUCAGGAGGAGGGAGCCAGGCUCUUCUCGGUGACAACCGAGACAAGGGGUAAUGGGUUCAAACUGGAACACAAAAGGUUUCACUUAAAUUUGAGAAGAAACUUCUUCUCAGUGAGGGUGACAGAGCACUGGAACAGGCUGCACAGGGAGGUUGUGGAGUCUCCUUCUCUGGAGACAUUCAAAACCCACCUGGACACAUUUCUGUGUAACGUCAUCCCCUGCUCCGGCGAGGGGAUUGAACUAGAUGAUCUUUUGAGGUCCCUUCCAAUCCCAGACAUCCUGCAAUUCUGUGACAUGUAUUCCAAACAUCUCUCUUUAGGCACUAGCUAGAGACUGUCCUAGUACAAUACACUGAAGAGAAGAAUAUAGUUCUAAAGCACCAAACCAGAGAAUGUGGUGCUUCAUGUGCAUUUUUUUUUUUGUUAAAGCUCAUGGAGUAUUUCCUGCCCAUGUUUCCCUUCAGCAUUAUGGUUAAUGAAUAUCUGGAUCCUAACUCCAGAUGUAUUUAGAAUUUGACAUGACUUAUUGAACCCUUAAUACCUGGAGAAGGUAAGGGUAAUUUUCCAGCCCUGUUUACUUUCACCUCAGGGUAAAGACUGGAUUAGACCAUACCCUUCUAGAUUUGAUAGUUUUGAUAGACUUCAGUGAGGUAGAAUGACAGUUUUCUGUCUGAGAUAUUUUAAAACUGAUCUGCCUAUUCUGGAUAGAGAAGCCAUCUGCAAAUUUUGUUACAGGAAAAAUAUCAUAAACCUCCCCCCCCCAAAAAAAAUCUAAUGUAGUUAAAAAUUUAGGACAGAAAGCUCUCUCUCAUAUGAACAGCUUUUCUAAUAGUACUGAAAAGAGAUGGAACAGUUGCUUCCAGACAAAAGAACUGAAAGGUAUUUAAGGCAGUGGACUUCUGACAGUUUUAUUAUUGAUGCGCAGUGCCAUGGUAUUUGUGUGUGUUGCUUAGUCAUCAACUACAUUUUGCAUUUCCAAAAUUCACAAGACAUAAUUAUGAUGCUAACAGACAAAGAUAGUUUCACAGAAUAUAUUCUUAAGUAUCCCAGAAACUUAUAGGAUUAAUUUUCACUUAAAAUAAUUAUGAUUUUAUAUUCUCAUAAAAAAAAAAAAAAAAUCAAAGCUUUGAAGUUCUCUUUGCUCCUCUGUGAUUAAAAGGAAUGUUAAAGAAACAUUUCCUAAUUUUAAUUGGUCUAUACACUACAGGUAGUCACUUACCAGUGCUAGGAUUACUACGAACCAAAACAAGUAGCUAAUUUAAAGUGGUGAUAAGAUUAUUUUUCAAAUACUCCAAUUACUUCAGCAAAUACUAACUCUAUUGCAAUUAAAUCUCAGUUGAGGUCUUGGAGUAGUGCAGUGAUAAAAGCAUAUGAUCAGUAGUAUGUGAUUUUCUGACAUGACUUCUGGAUGUUUAUGUUCAGAUAAGACAGGUUUAAACCCGAGCUUUCUGAAAUACCUGUGACAAAAUAUUUACUUGUAGCAAAUAAUUGAUGUCCAAGUAUGUUGAUUGGGCUUCAUCCUUAGUUAAUGAACUCAAUCUAGAUCUAAAUUUAAGCCUUCUAACAGGACCAAAAGUUUAUAUUUUAAAACUUCACAAAGUUGUGAUUCAGUGAUUUCUGUAAGUCUUCAAUCAUAAUGUAUUUUUCAGCUUGCUUUCAAUAAAGCACAUGAAUUGUACUUUUAACAGUAGCUGCUCAUAGGACAACAACUUUUUGAUUAUAGUAUUUCACCUGCCAUUAAACCACUCCAAUGGUCUGAAGAACUCUCAAGAACAGGGCUGUUGCAACACUCUGGUUUUACCAGUUCUAGCAGUUUUGCUAGUUCUGUAUUAACAGCUUCAGAACAGACUUGUGGCGUAUCUCACCUUAAUUCCUCUACGUGACUUCUAGCCUUGUAGAUAUUACAGUAAUCCCCCAUCUUAGAUGUAUGAACUCAUCUUAGGUCAGAUAUGAACACAAACAUUUUCCAAGAACACAGUGUGCUUCACAGAAUCCUAGAUACAUUGCAUGAAUAACUUUUCCCCUGGGAUGGCUUCAUUUUCUGUUCUCUGACAGCUGCCUUCAUUGAUAUGGGGGAAGAGCUAUCUGCCCUGCCCAGGUUUCCAAAAUCCUCACUAAGAAAAUCAAGCAUUGAUUUUACAAGGAUGCAAAUGGCAACAGCCAGUCAAGAGUAAAGGUGGGUGUUGUUAGCAACAGAAACAGCACACUUUAAAAAAAAAACCAGCUGUAGAUAGGCUGCAGUGUGUGUGUGUGUGUGAGUGUACUGAGUUGGAGGUCUUGGAGAAAACAAAUUGAUUGGAUGGUGCAGUUAAUGGCCUUGGUAGAAAGCUGGCGUAGGGUUGGGAAGAUGGAUUCAGAAGUAGUACACUGGAAGGAAAGGAAAGCUUAAAGAAGGGCUUUUCUUCCCUGUCUCUGGGUUAAGCUGUCAAAACCACACACUGAGAAACACUAAAAGUGAAGCUGUGGGGUGGGAAUUUUGGCUGGGAAAAUUGGGGCAUUUAGUACCAGGCUGGGCUUGGAUACUUUAGGUUUGAAUAGUAGGGGUCAGGUGACAGGCAGUACCCUGGAACACCAUCUCCCCAGUGAUAACUUGGGUGGCACCCAGGAAACACACACUGGUGUGAUUCCUCUUCCCCACAAAUGUAGCCAUGCACUCCAUACACAGCUGUAAAACCUUAAUCUCAUACACAGCUCUAAGACUGUCAUCCUUACAGCAAUGCCUUCCUUAUUGUUGGUGCAAACACAGUACCAUUCUGUGGUUUGCCAAUCAGACCUGGCCCAUGACCCAUUCCUUGCAGACUUUACCAGACUGACCUGUCCAAUGUAUGAAUUGGUCCAGCAGCCUGUGUCCAGCUGGCCUUUUCUCAAAGUGCUGUAGGGCCCUUUGUGGCCAUGGGGUAGGAGACAAAUUGAUCAGUAUUAUCUUUAUGUUCAAUCAUGUAACAGAUAAUAUAUGCUGCCAGGGAAGCACUUCAGGAGGGUGAAAUAGACCACUACUGCUUGGCUAUUGACACAUCCAUUACAUGUGCAGGAGGUAUCUUCUGUUAGUUCCACAACGGAAGAGACAUCCAGGUGCACAGGAGUAUUAAGCCAUGUUUCUUGCUGUGGCCAAAGGUUGUGGGUCACUUGUUACAGAAGGAUUAAACAUUUAACCGAGGUUCAGAGAGCAGCAACCUCACAUAUAAUUCACAUAUAUCAUUGUAGACCAUUAGAUGGCUACGUGUUUCCUCAGAGCUAGAAUAAAAAUACUGUAAUGAAUCAAGCUUGGACUAAGUAGUUUGGGAUUACAGCUAGAUCUUGGGCAGUGACUAAACAGAGAACUGUAACUAAUAGCUUUGAAGUUUCUUCAGAAAUCCAGGUAACAGGUAUCUGCUCAGUUUAUUUCCUGUGAAUGAUUAUGAUUCAUGAAGUCAUACAGUGGAAAACAAAUUUGAAAUGCAGUCUUGAUAACUGACAAUAAAUGCAUGCAAAUAUUCUGUGUUUAGCGGUUUACAUAAAUCAUGUAGUCUUGGAGUAAACUAAAAGUUAUGCACUUGACCAGAACUUGCCACUUUUCUUUUAAAUCAACACCAUCCUCAACUUUAUCUACAAUAUAUAUUAUACAGAACAUGAACAAAUAACAUUUGUUUAAAAAAUUCUGUUGCUAUAUUUUAAAUUUAUCAAUAUAAUGUGAAUUAAAAGCAUAAUGCUAAGCUUUAGAGUGAAAAAACAAAGUAAGCAGCUUCCACAAUAGGUUUAUGAAGAUGCUACACAUAAUUUAAAAAAGCAGAUUUUCUUUGUAUGUUAGGUCUAGAAAUAAUUACUUUCUUUUCAACAGGACAAUAGCAAUUCUUUAUCCAAAUUAACAAUCAUAAUUAAAUGUCAUUAUUUAUCCCAAAGCAAAUUUUCACCUGUUAAAAAAGUUUUGAAAAUAAUAAAAAAGAUAGUUACCAAUGAAUUGGUAGGGGUAGGUGGCUGGAAAACACACACUAGAAGCAUCUUUUGGUUUAGUAUUAGCUAUAUCCAAACAAAGAGCUUUCACUGACCCCGCUGAGUGUGAGAGUAUAAAGACGGGUGGACCAGAUUGUGCUCCCCAUUACCCAGUCAUUGUCAACUUAUAUUUUAAGAAUAAUAAUUGUACGACAGAGAAAAAUGAAAAGGCUAAGCGUCAAGUAAAAGCUUUAGCAUAAAGUUUUAAGAAUAAAGCUUAAAUUUCAGGUGCAACCAUACUAGCUUGUUGGAAGAAUGAAGAUACACAAGUGACAGCACUACCUCUCUGUACCAAUAUAGUUCAGAAAAACAAACUUUGAUCAGUACAAGUGGAUGACUCACACCAGGUGUUGCCUAUUUUAAUAGUCUCUACUGGUCUCUAAUGAAAGCAAGAGAUUGUCUACAUUUAUUUCUGUUAAAAAAAAUAAAUAAAAAAAAGGACCUAAUUUCAGCCAUAGUACACAAAAAGAAGCUAGGAUUUAACUAAUUUGCUGUUCAAAUAAAAUCUGACUAUGGAGAAACUUGCAAUUAAAUGUCUCAUCAUGAAGAAAAGCUGUAUCAGGAUGAUCUCCUUUAGUGUCUUCAGUCUUGGCUGUUGGCACUGAACAGAACACUAAGUGUAAUUCUGGAGAUCCCUGCAGCUAAACAGUGGAGGUGACAAGAUCUAUUUGUUGAUGACAGGGCAUCAUACAUGGAUAAAACAAUUCAGUCUCGCUCUGAAAAGAAGGAAGAAAGGCAUCAAAGGUAUUCUGCCUACAAGUCUGUGCUCUUGGUUGCUGUGAUGACCAUGUCUUCAAGGGCAGCUGGGGCACACUCCUUUUGUAGGAGCGACAUGUUUCUGCAUAAACUGCCAUCCUUUUGUGGCUGGUGCUUCAAUCUUUUCCAAGUCCUGUUUGUGAUGGUAGUGAAAGGCUCUCAGAAACCAGAAGCUAUUUGAGUGUCACUCAGACAUCAGGACAUCUGCACUGGAGAUCAAAAUGGGGACAACAGAGUGCCUUUAAGGAGGUAAAUGAUGAUGCCAACACAGCAGCUGAUGAGCUAAGGGCAACCAGUCAGAGCAGGCAUUUGUCCAUAAGCUAACAGCAGCAAUAUAUUUUUCCAUGUGCUUUUUCGGACUGACCAACAACCUACUCUUUUUAGAUAGUACCGGCAAUGUUAGACUAGAAAUACAUGACAGGAUUAAGAUGGAAAUCUUAGACAUCCCUGCACAGCACAUGAAACACCCAAAUCUUUAUCAACAACAAGGACGUCUCUUGCAGCUGCCAAAAUUCUUCCCAAAACAUCUUAUGGACAGGCAACAUGAGACGGAUGCUUUGAAACUGGACAAACUCCAUGAAGGCUCUUCACUUAAAAUGAGCAACAGAAGGAUGUGUAUGGAAAAUGAAUUACAGAUGGGUUAUUUGCAGAGGAGACAGGAUUCUCUUAAAUAGUAAGAUAGACCACAACAGUCAGCCUCCUAAGCAAUGGAGGCUAUCUCCACCAUCAAACUUUAUACU